AAUAUCUUAUUAUUAAAAUAAUUUUUUUUAAACUAAUUAUCUUAUAUUUUAAAUAGCAGAAAAAAUUGUUUCAAAAGACUUUUUUUAUUAUCUACUGAAAAUAAUUAUUUAAAUUUUACUCCCUUAAAUUUCGAUAAUAAAAUUUUAAAAGAAAAAAAAUACUAUAUAUAUCACUUAAAAUUUCAUUUAAACGUACAGAGAAGAGAAGAGAGUGUUGAGAGGUGUAAAAGACAAAAGUACCCAUUCCUUCUAUAUUCUCUGAAGACAUACGCAAACGAACGAAAUAGUAAUUUCACUUCGCCCUUUAAAUCUGUUAAACAGAGUCAGUUGGCGCUUUUUUUUAUUUCAGCUCUGUUUUCAUAGCGUCCUCCCAUGGCGGUCUCUUCGAAUACUCCUUCGACCAUCAACCUCACAUUCAGCCAUGACCGGAGCUUCAUCGCGGCGUGUACGGAAACAGGAGUGCAAUUAUUCAGCUGCGAUCCUUUCAGAGCCAUAGAUUUACGCGAAGAAGGGGGAAUCGGCACCGUUGAAUUUCUCUUCGGUUCCAACAUUUGGGCCCUCGUCGGCGGGGGGACCUCCCCGGAGUUCGAUCGGAAAAAGGUCAGGUUCUGGGAAAACGCUAAAAACUGCUUUAUAGGCGAGAUAUCCUGCCGCUCUGUAGUCCUGUCCGUACGAAUGCGAAGGGAUUUCAUCUUCGUCGUGUUGGAGAAUAGAACUCUGGUUUACAAUUACUCCAAUUUGAAAAUUUAUUGCCAGAUUGAGACUGCGGCGAAUCCUAAGGGGCUUUGCGCCGCUUCGGUAGGGGAUAGUCCUGCUGUGAUGGUUUGUCUUGGGGUGCUGAUUGGGGAGAUUAGAGUUGAGCAUUAUUCUAUAAGGAAGAUUAAGUUCAUCGCUGCUCACUCUUCUGAAAUUGCUUGCUUAGGGAUCACGCGUGAGGGUAGCUUAGUGGCCACGGCAAGCGUGAAAGGGACUGUAAUUAGGGUCUUCAGAACAAGAGAUGGGACGCUGUUACAAGAGUUAUGGAGGGGUACUGAAAGAGCUACGAUCUAUAGUUUGGCUUUUUCUUCACCAAUUGAAUGGUUGGCAGUCUCAAGUGACACGGGUACUGUUCAUAUUUUCAACCUCAGCAAAUGUACUGCUACUCAAGUGCUUCAACCUCAGCCGUUGCAAACAUCAUAUACCUCUUCUUCUAUGUCAUUUAUCAAAGGUCUAGUAAUGCCCAAUUGUAUUAGCUUGGAUAGGUCUUUGGCUAAGAUUCGGUUGGUGAAGGGUUCUAAAUACAUCGCUGAUUUCGGUCACAUGAAAAAUACGAUCAUAGUUCUGGGCAUGGAUGGAAGCUUCUACCGAUGUAUGUUUGACCCAGAUAAGGGAGGAGAGAUGACUCAGCUGGAAUAUCACAACUUUCUAUACCCAGAAGAUAACCUUUCGUAGUAGUAUUGACUAACAUUAUUUCCCUAUUAGUUAUACAUAUAUAUAUAUACAGGGUUUCUAUGAUUUUUUAUUCUUAUUUUUUUUUAAGAAAUUUUUUUGGAGCCAUUACAUUUGUGGCAGUUUUGUGUAUUUGUUUUACAGAACAUAGAUAAUAAAUUUGGUACAUAGUAGAAAAAAUUUCUGGAACCAUAUUAUUCCCAAGUUUUUAUUUACUUGUAUACAAAUAGAAUAUAGUAAUUUGUUAUCGAUUUCACUCUCUGUAAUAACACUGCGAAAGCAAUAAUCAUACUAUUUUUCUUCUCCA